AUGAUUUGUGCAGUAAACAACUCUGGAUCUUCAAUCAAAUUUUUCGAUGUUGUCGCAGACAAACUUGGCGGUCGUCUGGCUAGUAAUUUUGAAUUGUUUUUACCGCGUGAAAUGGCUUCCAUUUUCUUCUUCUCGCGCCACCAACUGGCAAUUACAUUCACCAAAAUACCUUCUCACCACUGCGGAUUCGAGCUGUUAGAUCCUGUAGUCAACAAGACACAACAACUCUUUCAUCCCGGCGCGGUAUUCAAGAGGGAUGAGGUGGGAAAGCCGAUAGGUGUUUUCCGUCUAGGGGGAAACUUUCUUGCAUGUUAUGAGAAAUCAGGCUUUAUUAUCAAUAAGCAUGGCGGUUUGGUCGACGGUUACUCGAAAAUUAUAUGGACAGGGGCUGCAUCUGCUAUCGUGGCUCACCGACAAUAUGUUCUAGCUUUUACUGCUCAUUCCAUCGAGGUCCGAAGUUUUGGUGGCCCAAUUUCGCUGGUCGUCCAAACAAUACAUGGGUCAUACACUCCGCUGAAUGUUCCUGGGCCAGAAGAGCGCGUUUUCGUUCUGAAUACUUCGACAAGAGAGGCGGCCGUGAUUGAAUUCCUGGGGUCGAAAGAAAUUUGGAAUUGA